CUCUCCAAUGAUAUAAAUACACAUAUAUGUUUAUGUAUGCCUUGGAAUACAAAGAAGGAGAUGAUAUGUUAAAAGCGGGGAGAUGAAGAAGAACAGCAGCAGCAGCCAGGUGGGGUCCAUCAGCAGUUCAGAUCUCAUAGAUGCAAAGCUUGAGGAGCAUCAGCUGUGUGGAUCCAAGUUGUGCCCCGGUUGUGGACACAAGUUCGAUGCAAAGCCGGACUGGGUAGGUCUACCAGCUGGGGUAAAGUUUGACCCAACAGACCAAGAAUUGAUAGAGCACCUUGAGGCUAAAGUGGCUAUUGCUAAAGACUCAAAACCCCACCCUUUGAUUGAUGAGUUCAUCCCCACCAUUGAAGGGGAAGAUGGGAUCUGCUAUACCCACCCUGAAAAACUCCCUGGUGUGACUAGGGAUGGGUUGAGCAGGCACUUCUUCCACCGGCCGUCAAAAGCGUACACGACGGGGACAAGGAAGCGGCGGAAGAUCCAGACGGAGUGCGACCUGCAAGGGGGGGAGACGCGGUGGCACAAGACGGGGAAAACCCGCCCGGUGAUGGCGAACGGGAGGCAGAAAGGGUGCAAGAAGAUCCUGGUGCUGUACACCAACUUCGGGAAGAACCGGAAGCCGGAGAAGACGAACUGGGUGAUGCACCAGUACCACCUGGGGCAGCACGAGGAGGAGAAGGAGGGGGAGCUCGUGGUGUCCAAGAUUUUCUACCAGACGCAGCCCCGGCAGUGCAACUGGUCGGCGGCGGCCGCGGCGGAGAGGGGGAGCGAGGCGGCGAGCCGGAGGGACAGCGGCGGGAGCGGGAGCUGCUCGUCGUCGAAGGAUAAUAAUAAUGUGCACAUUCAGUCUCGUGGGGAUGAACUGUCGGUUGCAGUUGGGGCGGCCGCCAUGUCUGCUUAUGGAGCUAUGGAAAUUCAACAGCUCAAAGCUCAUGACCAAUAUACCUUCCUCCCUUUCAGAAAAAACUUUGAUGAGGCGGGGAUGAAUGCAAUGGCGGUAGAAGGAUCAAUGAUGGUAGUGAGGGAAGUGGCAACGACAAGCACGUGCGAAGGGCGUGACAUCUCCGACCAACAACACCCGUCAUCACAACAUACACAUCACGUGACCACUCACGAUAUCCACCACCACAUAACCCGCCCGUCACACCCCAUCUCCGCCAUCAUCUCUCCGGCGCCGCCACUCCACCACCACGCUUCCGUCAUCCUCGACCACGACCCCUUCCACGUCCCCAGAAUCUUACUGCCCAAUGACAACUUCCAGCAACAGCAACAUCAUCAUCAUCAUCAUCAUCAUAAACUAGGAGGAGGAGGAGAAGGAAGGUCUACCUCAGAAUUGGAAGAACUCAUAAUGGGGUGCACUUCUGCUACUAGUGACAUCAAAGAGGGUUCAUCAUCCAUGGCUAACCAACAAGAGGCAGAAUGGAUGAAGUACACCACACCCUUCUGGCAUGACCCUGACAACCCAGAUCAUCAUGUGUAGCAUCAAAACCAACCCCAAACACACUUUUUUUUUGUUUUUUUAAAGAAAAGUAAAAAAAAUACCAUACAUAUAAUAUCUCACUAGCUAGCUAAUACUACAAAUAUCACUAGACUUUUUUUUUCCUUCCCAAACACUUCCCAAGGACUCAACUGAACUAACUGUUCAAGACCCAAAAAAUUAAAAGGGCAUAGCAGACAAGAAGAAAAAAAAAAGAAAGCCAUAGAAAAGCUGUUGUUGGUACCAUAUCUGACAGAAAACAAGGUGUGGACUGUGGGGAUUUGGGAACUGAAGAAGACCCAAAAAAAGGGAAAACGCCCAACCCGGGUGCCCCUACACCCCGGCCUGACAGAAUAGUGAUGAGGGUUAAAUCAGGACAUACAUAAUUUUAGACGGUUCCUUAAAGAUGACGCUUUGUGCUCGGUGCAUAAAAGGGGCUGUCACAAUAGAUAAAAACUCGCACACUGGUGCUGUCAGGAAAAAAAAAUAUCAGCUCAACUUUGCAUGGAAGUCAUAACCACUAUGAUUACACUUGUCAUCUUUAUGACCAAAACUACUACUCUUGUUUAUUUCUUUAUUAUUAUUUUUGGGUUUUGUUUAUUAAUUACUACAUAUUUGUAUUGUUUCAUUAAUUUUUUUUAUAGGUUUUAGCUUUAACACAACAGGAUUUCUACAAAGUGGCAUGCAUAGGGAAAAAAACUUUGUUUUGUUUUGUUUUCUUGAAGGGUGAACAUGGAUCGGACGGUCCCCACUUGUUCUUCUUAUGGUCUUCUUUUUUUCCUUUUUCUUUUGAGUAGAGAGUAUACUUGUUGUUGGGGUAACAUAUCGGUAUGGAAUAUGUUUCCCCUUUAUAGAAGAAGUGAAAUGUAUGUAAUGUUGAUUUAAAUAUAACACUUCAUUGAUU